CUUUGCUACUGGUACGCACAAUGCAUAAGCGCUCCAAGAAACCCGUGUGGGUGCUUUUCAAGAUUUUCGAGCUCUUGAUAAGCUCCAUUUCUGGCUAUGUGCAUUUAAACGGUCUCAAUGAUGGAAUUCCUCAUAUCUUUUUACCGUGCGCCACAUUCGGAAGCGGCAGCAUCAUUGGAAUUCUCAGCUUGGUCGGAACUUUUUUCGCCGACCAGCUCACCAUGUGGUUUGAGGCCCUAACCAGCGGUACCUUGGGCACGUUGUAUCUGGCCAACGUUUAUGCGCACAUGUAUCUGGUGCAGCAUAACAAGAUGUUGCCGUUUCUCAAAGAUCUCGAGGAGGAAAAGGACGGCUACAUAAUUUGCUGCAAAAGAAAUGCCAUUUUGAGUUUGUAUGCAGUUGCCAUCUAUUAUCUGCAUUGCACCUUUGCGCUGGAUAUUCUCCUUUUUCCAGGAAGUGGUCCGUUUUCAAAGGAUGUGCCGCGCAGCAAACGUCGACUUAAAUUAUACUUUAUAAGCAAGGACGUUGAGCGUUACGUUAGUCGUUUUCGUUGGUUUCAACUGCUCACCGCCAGCGUUCUGACCAAGGUCGCAGAAAGGAAGCCAUCAUAUUUUGAAAAUGUUAUUCGUAGCAAGCCAACAUAUAUUGGACGUGUUAAUCGUAGCAAGCCUAGCGUUUGAAAUUUUUCGAUAUUUGCGCCAUCGAUAAAUAUUCAGAGCAGCUGUUUGCCAUAACAGCCCUGUCUUAUUGCGCGCCCAAAUUUACAGCUGUUUUGAAACCUUUGGCUAUGCGCUGUUAUUGUAAUCUAUUUAGUUUAGUGUUUUUGGUGUGCGCAAAAUAUUUAGCGUUUUGGAUAAAAUUACAGUGUGUCGUGUUUUGCAAAACUUUUAUAACAACAACUACAA